UUUUACAAGCUUCUGUCACCUUAACAAAAUCAUUCUGAACCAAAUCGGAGACUGAACGGACCACCUGAUUAUACAAAUUCCCAGCAAUCAUCAUGUCGAAGUAUCUUCCCAGAAAGGGCCCUGCUGUUUUCUCAAAACUUGGCAGGUGGGCCUACAAUAUGUCCGGGUUUAACCAAUACGGCCUUCAUCGCGACGACUGCCUGUACGAGAACGAGGAUGUUCAAGAAGCCAUCCGCCGGCUGCCUCGCAAGGUUUACGACGAGCGCAACUACCGCAUCAUGCGCGCACUCCAUCUCUCGAUGACCAAGACCAUCCUGCCCAAGGAGCAGUGGACCAAGUACGAGGAGGACGUCAAGUACUUGGAGCCCUAUCUGAACGAGGUCAUCAAGGAGCGGGAGGAGCGCCAAAAUUGGGAAAGAAACCAGUAACUUAACAAACGGUUCAUAGUUAAAGGCCCCUUCCAUUCAUAAAUGUACUUAAUCGAUUGUAUCAUAAAUUGAAGCCACACGUAGGCUACCAUAAGA